UCUUGCCUCCCGUCGCUGUGCUUCGCUCCAGUCUUAUUGCUUUGUAGUCUAACACCGCUUCGCCGCCUCCUCCUUUCCUCCUCUCCUCGCCAAUGCCUCUGCCUCUCCCUCUCCCUGCCAGCAUCUAGCGAAUGGUCCACCCCCUGACCACCUGCAGGGAACAGUGAGAGAGUGGCUCCGUUCUGAACACACUGCGGACUGCUGAAAGCUGCCAAAGGAAGACGUGGAUAUAAGUGUCGUUGUUGACGUUACCGGGAAUUUUAUUUUGGAAGUAUGCCGGUGCCUGACCAGCCGUCAGAGCAGGGAGCCAGUCUGUUGAGUCCAGGUCUACCGUCAUCUAAUGGAGACGGAUCAGACGGGACAGAGACCACCUCCGCCAUCCUGGCCUCUGUCAAAGAACAGGAGUUGCAGUUUGAGAGGCUGACCCGUGAGCUGGAGGCAGAGAGACAGAUUGUAUCCACCCAGCUGGAGAGAUGCAAGCUGGGCUCUGAGACCGGUGGAAGUAUGAGCAGCAUCAGUUCGGCAGAUGAGCAGUUUCGCUGGAACACCCAAGCGGACGGCCAGAAGGACAUAGAGGAUGAGCUGACCACAGGACUGGAGCUGGUCGACUCCUGCAUCAGAUCACUGCAGGAGUCCGGAAUACUGAACCCACAUGAAUACAACACAGGAGAACGUCCCUCUCUUCUUUCCCAGAGUUCUUUGCAGCUUAACUCCACCCCGGAGGCUUCACUCCAGUACUCCGCCAGCUACCAUAGCAACCAGACCCUCGCCCUUAGCGACAGCGCUGCCGCGGGAACCCCACAGCGCAGCGGACAGGUCGGUGGGGCCGUGCACAGCUACAACCAGGUGACGUCUAGUCGUGCAGCUCAGCAGAGACAGCAGGCAGGGGGAGGUAGUGGAGGAGACUCCUUCUCUCAGAGCCAUGGCAGUGCUUUCCACCUACCUGAUGCACCGCAGACCACUGCCGGUCACUACUACCCAAGUUCCACCCUGCCUGCCCAGCGUGUGAGUUCCCCUCUGACCGGAGGAGCAGGAGGAGGUGGAGGGUCUGGUUCCCCCAGCAAGCUCCAGCGCCUGGGUCCAGCCUCAGACACACCAGGCUACGCUACCACCCAGCGCCUGGGUCCAGCUUCAGACACACCAGGCUACGCUACCACCCAGCGCCUGGGUCCAGCUUCAGACACACCAGGCUACGCUACCACCCAGCGCCUGGGUCCAGCUUCAGACACACCAGGCUAUGCUACCUCCCAGCGCCUGGGUCCAGCCUCAUCAUCAUCCUCACCCAACAAACAGUCCCCCGCCAACCGACUCGCCAAGUCUUACAGCACCUCUGUUUCCGUGACGACGACAGGAGGCAGCGGGUCUCUGUUGAGGGUGGGGUCUCCACCAAAUGCCAUAGCAACAGUUGCUGGGGGAGGGGCUAGCGCUUCAUCAUCCCCCCUACACCAGAUGAGUUCGGGUAUCGGGAGCUACGCCACUCUGUCUCCUAAACGACUGGCUGCUCACCACGCCUCCGACCAGUACAAGAUAUCACACGAGCUCUACACCACUGCUACACUACAGAGGCCUGGCUCCAGGGGUUCCUACAGUAGCCAGCAUAGCCACUGUGGUUCCAUAGAGCCCACCUAUGAGGACAGAUUCAACCUCUACCACAAAGGACCUAUGAAGGGACUGGGAAACAACACUGCCCCAUCCUCCCCCGGUGUCGACUCCGCCUCUUUACAGCGAGCAGGCAGCCACUGCGCCGGGGGAAGCAGCCACAGCGCCGGGGGAAGCUACGGUCGUGGGGGUGCCAAUAACUACGCUACUGUGGGCCCAGGAUAUACAGCAGAGGCCUAUGCUACAGACCCCUACACUGCAGACCCCUACCGUACACUGCAGUACUGCCCAUCUGUAGAGUCUCCUUACAGCAAGUCUGGACCAGCCCUGCCACCUGAAGGCACGCUGGCACGAUCACCAUCUAUAGACUCCAUACAGAAAGACCCAAGGGAGUUUGGAUGGAGGGAUCCAGAGUUGCCUGAGGUGAUUCAGAUGCUACAGCAUCAGUUCCCUUCAGUCCAGUCCAACGCUGCAGCCUACCUCCAACACCUCUGCUUCGGAGACAACAAGAUCAAAUCAGAGAUUCGUCGUCAGGGUGGGAUCCAGCUGCUGGUAGACCUGUUGGACCACCGUCUGAGUGAGGUCCACCGCAGUGCCUGUGGAGCCCUGAGGAACCUGGUCUACGGCAAGGCCAACGACGACAACAAGAUCACCCUGAAGAACUGUGGGGGCAUACCUGCCCUGGUUCGCCUGCUACGCAAGACUGGAGACGUGGAGAUACGAGAACUGGUCACAGGUGUGUUGUGGAACCUGUCGUCAUGUGAUGCCCUGAAGAUGCCAAUCAUCCAGGAUGCGUUGGCCGUUCUGACCAAUAGCGUCAUCAUCCCCAACUCCUCCUCCUGGGACUCCUCCCACAAUCUCCAUGACGACCGCAAGCAACACACACACACUUCCCAGGUGCUUCGCAAUGCCACCGGCUGCCUCAGGAAUGUGAGCUCUGCUGGAGAGGAGGCCAGGAGGAGGAUGAGAGAGUGUGACGGACUGACAGAUGCUCUCCUCUACGUCAUACAGACCGCUUUGGGCAGCAACGACAUUGACAGCAAGACCAUAGAGAACUGUGUGUGUAUCCUGCGUAACCUGUCCUACCGACUGGCAGCGGAGACGUCUCAGGGCCAGCAGCUUGGUUCAGAGGAGCUGGACGGUCUGCUAUGUGACGCCAACGGACGUGACGGAGAGACCUCAGGCUGCUGGGGCAAGAAGAAGAAGAAGAAGAAGGGUCAGGAUCAGUGGGACGGUGUAGGUCCUCUCCCAGACUCAGCUGACCCUCCUAAAGGAGUCCAGAUGUUAUGGCACCCGUCCAUAGUGAAGCCCUACCUCACCCUGCUGUCAGAGUGCUCCAACCCUGAUACACUGGAGGGAGCAGCAGGCGCACUGCAGAACCUGGCUGCAGGCAGCUGGAAGUGGUCAGUGUAUAUCCGGGCAGCGGUGCGUAAAGAGAAGGGUCUUCCUAUCCUGGUGGAGUUGUUGAGGAUAGACAAUGACCGUGUGGUGUGUGCCGUGGCCACCGCACUCAGGAAUAUGGCCCUGGACGUCAGAAACAAAGAACUGAUAGGUAAAUACGCCAUGCGUGACCUUGUCCACCGGUUACCGGGCAGCAGCAAUAGCAGUACUGGGGGCAGCGGUGGGACUAGCAGCGGUACCGGGGCUCCAGUAGCACCCAGCAAGAUCAUGUCAGACGAUACAGUAACGGCUAUCUGCUGCGCUCUGCAUGAGGUCAUGACUAAGAACAUGGAGAAUGCCAAAGCACUGAGAGACGCCGGCGGGAUAGAGAAACUCAUCGGCAUCGCUCGCAGCAAAGGAGACAAACACUCAGCCAAGGUGGUGAAGGCAGCCUCUCAGGUGCUCAGCAGUAUGUGGCAGUACAGAGACCUACGCAGCCUCUACAAGAAGGAUGGAUACUCUCAGUAUCACUUUGUUGGUUCUGCCUCUACGAUAGAGCGAGACAGACAGAGACCCUACUCCUCCUCUCGUACCCCCUCUGUGUCCCCCGUACGAACCUCACCCAACAACCGCUCAGUUAGCGCCCCGGCCUCUCCCAGAGAGAUGAUGAGUAUGAAGGAACGCAAGGCCGAAUACGACUCCACGGCAACCAACGCAGGUUUCCACGACAACAAAGGAGAACACACAUCCCGAAAAGAAACAAUGGCAGUCAAAAUCUCCUGUGGAACAUCCACGUUGUUCCGGAACUCUUAUGUUACUGCUAAUGACGAGAUCAAACACAACCAGAUCCCUCCCCAGCCCACGGCCCCGCAGGCAGACUGCUCCUCUACACCUCUAAAAGACUACGACACGUUCCCUCCAUCCCUUCCUCCAUCCUUCCCUCCUCCGCAGAACCCCGGCCGCAUGCUGGACGACUCCUUCUUCGAGCCUCCGGACCAGCCCCUCCCCCAGCCCCCGUCUCAGGCCGCCACGGACCUCCGGAUGCACCUGGGCCUUAAGUCCACUGGCAACUAUGUGGACUUCUACUCUGCAUCCCGGCCCUACUCCGAACUCAACUACGAGACCAGCCACUACCCGGCUUCACCUGACUCCUGGGUCUAAAGACAGGAGUCACAACUUAACCCGGGUCCUGGAGAGAUACAGGCUGGUGUAGGGUUUAGCUCCAGCCCAACACUAACAUACAGCACACCUGAUGUAAGGUGUAAUGAACCGUUGAUUUGAGGAUAUCAGGUUUAUUAGUGCUGGGCUGGAAUAAAAGCCUGCACAGUCCUGUAGCUCUCCAGGAUUGAGAGUGAAGAACACUGGUGUAGAGUAAGUUAGGGGUGCGAGGUUAAUGUUAGUAACCAAUGGCAACAGGGA